AUGAAGCUCAUCGUGGGUAUCGGAGGCGUGACCAACGGUGGAAAGACCACCCUGACCAACAGCCUCCACAAGGCGCUGCCCAACUGCUGCGUGAUCCACCAGGAUGACUUCUUCAAGCCCCAGGACCAAAUAGCAGUCGGGGAGGACGGCUUCAAACAGUGGGACGUGCUGGAGUCCCUGGACAUGGAGGCCAUGCUCAGCACGGUGCGCGCCUGGACGGAGGAUCCGCGCAAGUUCGCGCGCGCCCACGGCGUCCGCCUGCGCCCCGGGGCCGCGGACAGCCACGUGCUCCUCCUGGAGGGCUUCCUGCUCUACAGCUACAAGCCCCUGCUGGACUUGUACAAUCAACGCUAUUUCUUGACGGUCCCAUAUGAGGAGUGCAAGCGGAGGAGAAGCAGCCGCAGGUACACGGUCCCUGACCCCCCCGGCCUCUUCGACGGUCACGUGUGGCCCAUGUACCAGAAGUACAAGCGGGAGAUGGAGCGGGACGGAGUGGACGUGGUCUAUCUAGAUGGCACGAAGUCCCGUGAGGAGCUCUUCCAUCAAGUCCUAGAGGGUGUUCAGAACAGACUGCUCAACGCGCGCUAG